AUGUACUCCGCCGGCUACAACUUUGGCAACAAUGCUGCUCCCUCUUUCAACAACCCUGCCCCACAGCAGCAAUCUGGAGCCCAGCCAGCCGCUCAACAGAUGAUGUAUAACCAGCAGCAGCAGUUCGCCGGUAUGGCUCCGCAGGGAGGCUUUAACCCCGGCGCGAAUCCUCAAAUGAUGACCGGUGGUCCUGGAGGUAUGAUGCCGAACGCAGGUAUGCAACAUAUGGCUGCCAAUGGUCAGAUGGCAGGAUUUCAGCAACAAUUCCCCGGUAAUCCGUACGGCCAAGUCGUUCCCUCCUCGGUCGCUCCCCAAAGCUUCGCGCCAAACUACAUGAUGGGCGGAGGCAUGCAAGGCUUUCCGAUGAACCAGGGCGGUAUGCCUCAACAACCUCAUAUGAUGCAGCGAAUGCAACAGCAACAACAACAGCAGCAGCAAGCGCAGGCACAGGCGCAACAACAACAACAGCAGCAGCAAGCUGCCAACGCUGCCGGUAUGGGUCAGGUCUCUACUCCACAGAGACCCCCGAGCGCCGUACAAGGGACACCAAACAAUGCCUUGCCAUCUCAACAGGGUCAAUUCCCGACUUCUCAGCCUCCAUCUCAGAGCCAAACUCCUACAAACCAUCAGCAGCAGCAACAACAACAAUCGCAACCUCCACAACUACAGCAGCAGCAACUCCAGCAACCACAGGGGCAAAUGCAGGGACAGGUGCAGCAACAACAACCGCCCUCGGCUGGUUUAACAACACCUCAGACUCCGACUUUCUCCUCAAAUCAGGGACAAGCCGUGAAUGGCAGCUCAUCAGCCGCUGUACCGCUAAGUCCUGGAACGGAAUCUCGAGACAAGGAGCGUUUCGCCUUGCUAUUGGACAUCAACCAUGAACUACUCUACGAAUCGAUUCAAAUCCAGGCGACACAACAGGAGCUGAAGAAGGAAAGUGCUGCGGCUGGAAAUCCGGGGGACAAGAAAGAAGAGGAAACGCAGCUACAGCACGAUUAUCUCCAAUGCAUGAGACGAUUGCAGGCAAACUUGUCUUAUAUGGCGGCACUUGCAGAUCGAAAGCCUGAGGUUAAAGUUCCACCUUGUCCAGCAUAUCUUAGUGCACCAUCCCUGAAUCUUUCUACCAAACUCCGAGCUCCAGCCAUAGGGGGACCUGAAGGCACAGAGAACAGUAUCGACCCAGUGGCAGAUCGCGAAGAGCGAAACAAUAGCAUCAAGGAUCUUUACUCGAGAUUGCAAGCCGCCUUUCCUGGCUUUGAUCCCAAGAAAGAACCCACUUUCCGUGCGAAUACACAAGGUGGACAAAAGCCUGGCAACUUGAUGGGAAACCAGGCCAGUCCCACAGCUCAAAGGACACCAAAGAUCACAAAUAUGGGGGCGCCUCCAAUGCCAUAG